GCAGUGCAAGAGAGGCCUUUCCUGGUCUUGGUGGAGACCCACAGGUGGCAGCCACCUUUCUGUGCCUCACCUGUGUCCUCCACCUUAAGCCUUCAGGGCUAGAGCAUCUCUCUUCCCCACCAGAUCUGGCAAAGUCAGCUACCAUGGUGCCCUCCUGGCCACUGCCGGAGCCCUGCUGGACACUGCUUCUCUCCCUGUUGCUGGUCUGCUGUCCGCUGCCCCCAGGUGCCCACGGGCAGGCAUUCCCACUGCGAGUGGAGCCCCAGGACCCAGUGCUUCCUGUUGGCAAGUCCCUAGUGGUGAACUGCAGUACCCAAUGUCCCCAUCCUGAGCUCAUCACCCUGGAGACAUCCCUAUUAAAGGAGCUAGUGGGCAACAGUCUGGGCUGGGCAGCCUUUCGGCUCAGCAAUGUGACUAGCAACAGCCGAGUUCUUUGCUCCGGGUUUUGCAAUGGCUCCCAGGUGACAGGCACCUCUGAGAUCACCGUGUACCGGUUCCCAGAUCAGGUGGAGCUAGCGCCCCUGCCCCUUUGGCAACCAGUGGGUGAGAAUCUCAUCCUGCGCUGCCAGGUGGCUGGCGGGGUGCCCCGGGACCACCUCUCUGUGGUGCUGCUACGCGGGGAGGAAGAGCUGAGCCGGCAGCUAGUAGUGGCAGAGCCUGCCCAGGUCACUGCCACGGUGCUGGUGGGCAGAGGUGAUCAUGGUGCCAAUUUCUCAUGCCGCACAGAACUGGAUCUGCAGUCCCACGGGCUGGGACUGUUUAAGAACACCUCAGCUCCCCAUCAGCUGCAAACCUUUGUGCUGCCCAUGAUUCCCCCUCGUCUCAUAACCCCUCGAGUUUUGGAGGUGGGAAUGUCGAGGCAAGUGUACUGCACCCUGGAAGGGCUGUUUCCAUCCUCUGAGGCCCAGGUCCAACUGGCACUGGGGGACCAGAUGCUGAAUCCUGCAGUCACAUGCCACGGUGACACACUCACAGCCAAAGCCACAGUCACAGCACAGGCAGAUCAGGAAGGUGCCCAAGAGAUUGUCUGCAACGUGACUUUGGGGGGCCAGACUGGCGAAUCCAGGAAGAAUCUGACAGUCUUUAGCUUCCUAGGGCCCAUUCUGAACCUGAGCGAGCCCAGCGCCCCCGAGGGGUCAACAGUAACGGUGAUUUGCAUGGCCGGGGCCCGAGUUCAAGUUGUACUGGACGGGGUUCCAGCUGCAGCCCCGGGGCAGCCCGCGCAGCUUCAACUAAAUGCUACCGAGAGCGACGACCAGCGCAGCUUUUUCUGCAGUGCCACUCUCGAGGUCGACGGGGAGAUUUUUAACAGGAACACGAGUGUUCAGCUGCGUGUCCUGUAUGGUCCCAAGAUUGACCGAGCCAAUUGUCCAGAGCGCUGGAAGUGGAAAGAUAAAACUAUGCAGAUUCUGCAGUGCCAGGCCCGGGGCAACCCAGCCCCCCAGCUACACUGUUUGCAAGAAGGCUCCAGACGGGAAGUGCCCAUUGGGAUCCCAUUCUUCGUCAAUUUAAAAUAUAAUGGCACUUAUUACUGCCAAGCAGCCAGCUCACGGGGCACAUACACCCUGAUCGUGGUGAUGGAUGUUCAGAAUCGGAACUCCCCCUUCGUCAACAUCUUCACCGGGGUGUUAGUGAUCGUGGGCGUGGUGACCGUCGCAGUGGCUUCAAAGUACCUCUUCGGGAAGAAGAAGCGGAGCGGGUUCUACAAAGUGAAGCAGGAAAGCACCUCACUGCCCCUCACAUCUAUGCAGCUCAACCAGGCCGUAGGGGAAGAACCUUCCUGAGCUGCAAGACACUGUGAUCUUGACCCAUAGUCGGCGGAGGCUUGGCUGCGUCCCCGGAUUCCUCAACCAAUAAAGUCCUCCAACUCCGUA